AGAUGUUGCAGCUUCAACAUUUGCUGUGUUUCCUCUGUUUGGUUUGGGCCGCGCGGGGGGAAAAGUGCAUCGAGCCUUUCCUCGUGCGUAUUGCAGAUAUGACCCCCCCUCCCCUCCCUAGCACGGAGAGCCUUAUUCGGGAAACCUCGGUCAUUGUCAAAGGAUACGUGAGGAGCAUCAAUGAUCUGGCCGACGCUCGACACAAGGAAGCGGUAUUCAUGAUCUUCAGCGCAGUGUGCUUCGACCGCUGCAUCGACCAACUGAAGGUCAAAUUUGUGGAUGACGAUGACCACGACGCGGGAGACGGGUUCCUGCACUAUCGGUUUAAGAAGGACAAUAAGGAUUAUUACCUCUUCCUUCAGCGAGUAGGGAAUGAGUCUACUUUCAGGAUUCUAGACGUGAAGCAUGAGCAUGACUUUGAGAAGGAUUUAGCCGCGCGUUAUUUCAAAGCGUGCGCAACGACGCGGAUUCGACCAGACGACGCCGCCACCUGGUACGAGACGAAGCACGGCGCCCAGACGACCUUCGUGGUAGCCAAGGGCGACAACGUCCUCUUCAAGUGCGAAGCGCCCCUCGUGAAAAAGCUUUAUGGCUUCGAAGGAUACAAUCUCACUCUGGCCUUCCCCGGUGGCGAAGAGGUCAAACAAUCCCAUGUGAGGCUCCUGGCCAAUGGGAAACAGACCGUCACCUGCACCGCCACCAUGAGGCGGCGCCCGCAGGAGAUCCUCGGCCGUUCGGCUCUCACCCUCGACGUCGUAGAUCCGCCGUACCUUAACCUGUCUACGGAAAGCCCCGUGUUGACCUUGAGCUACGAUGACCUGGGAGAGAACCCUGUGCUCUCGUGGCCGAUUGAGUUCAUGGGUUUUCCUGAGCCAGACUUCCAGCUCAUUCAUCCCAAUGGGCAAGAGGUGCAACGAGGCAAUUGCAGAGACAUCGUCGACGACGCCACCGUCUGCCACUUCGGGAGUCUCCCUCUGUCGCUCUCUGCCGGCGAAUUCGACCACGGCCUGUUCACCCUCGUGGCCACCGCCGGGAGGGAGCAGAGGAAUGUUUCACUCAUGCUCAACCUGACCGACCCAGAUCCACCAAGCUGGCUGACGCAAGACCCGAGAAGGAACAGUUCCAUCAAGGUUCAUCCGGACCAAACGAUCGACUUAAACUGUACCGCUGUAGGAAUUCCUCGGCCUGCGUACUUGUGGAAGAAGGACAAAGAGAUCGUGGCUUAUGAAGACGGCUUCGUGGAGGCAGAUGAGUCAGGCGCGGUGCUACGCCUGAGGAAAAUACGGACCAAGGACGCUGGCUUGUACGUGUGCUUGGUGCAGAACCGAGCGGGGUCCUUGUUCGCGCGCUUUCACCUCCAGUUUCCGAACGAGCCUAGAGCCAUCCUGUGGACUGUGGUCGUUCUCGGCCUGGUCGUUAUGCUCUGCGCGGCCUGGGUCGUCUACAGCAGAGGCAGAAUAUGGCUCUUCUCCAGGAAGUACAGACGCCAGGAGAAGAAAGAAUGGGAGGCCGGAAACCCCAGCGCCUUGACCUCUGACCUGAGCCUUCAGGAGCAGGCGGAUCUGCUGCCAUACGAGGGCAAGUUCGAAGUGUCGAGAAACAACAUUACCUUUGACAAGUUACUUGGCUGCGGUGCAUUUGGGCGCGUGUACCGAGCACAACUGGAGACUCCGGACACGGACGCCGCCCCUGUCACCGUGGCUGUCAAGAUGGUGAAAUAUCGCAAGGACAAGUUGCAACUCAGCGCCUUGCAAUCGGAGCUCAAGAUCCUCAUCCACAUCGGACAGCACGUCAACAUCGUUAACCUGGUGGCCGCGUGCACCAAGAGCCUGCACACAAGGGGGGAGCUGAUGAUCCUCGUGGAGUAUUGCCGAUUCGGGAACAUUCUGGACUUCAUGAGGAGGAACCACAGAACCUUUGUGAACCAGCUCGACCCGGAGACGGACUCCAUCAACCCGAGCGUGGCGCGGCUGCCGCAGGAGAACUUCAGGAACUCCGUCGCCGACAUCGUGUACAUCAGCGAAGGCCGCGUAGCUUUCCAGAACGUCGACAGCAACGCCACCUGUCCUGGUCUCUUCCCGACGUCUCGCGAGAUGCUUCUGAGCAGCACACAGCACUCGCAGACUCUAACCAACGUCGACUCCGAGAUGACGCUGAUCAGUGACACGCACAACUUGGAGGCCCCCAGCGCUCCGUCCGACCCCGAGGAGAGAGACAAGCCGCUGUGCUCCCGGGAUCUCCUGUGCUGGGCCUUCCAGGUGGCGCGGGGCAUGGAGUACCUCGCGUUCAAAAAGGUUUUGCACGGCGAUCUGGCAGCGAGGAACAUUCUGCUUUGCGAGAAGAACGUCGUCAAGAUCAGUGACUUCGGACUCGCCAAGGACAUCUAUAAGGACGAGAAUUACCGGAAGAGCAAGAAUGCGCCACUGCCGGUGAAGUGGAUGUCCGUGGAAGCCCUUCGUGAUGGAAUCUUCUCGACGCAGAGUGACGUGUGGGCCUUCGGAGUGGUCAUGUGGGAGAUGUUCAGCCUCGGGCGGACCCCCUUCCCCGGCGUCUCCGUCGACGAGAAUUUUGUGAAGAAACUCGAGUCGGGGCUGAGGAUGGAGCGGCCUCGGUUCUCCACGGCGGCUCUGUACAAGGUCAUGCUCGAUUGUUGGAAGACAAAGCCCGAGGGAAGGCCUGCCUUCGGGGAAUUAGAGAAGACUUUGAGCCGGUUGCUGACCGAAGGGGACAAGGCGUAUCUGGAGAAGAUCCAGGAGCCUUACAACGAGGAGGACUCGGCCGAGGACGAAAGGCACAGUUUCUACAUGGAAAUGGCGUGCAAGCCCACACAUUGCGACCCCGUUCAACAGGAAUCCUCCGCAGCCGGUACUCCGGCUGGAGACACGCCCCGGGGCGCUCUUCCGGCCGUCUCGUCCACGCUCCAGCCGCCUUCGACGUCCCCGGGUCUUGCGCCCCCGACGGACGCGAAGAAAGGGUACGUGGUCCUGGCGUCGCUGGAUCGCCUCCUGUGCCAGAGGGAGGCGGGCAGCCCUUUCGCGGAAGAGGGCCCGGUCUACAGGAACAUCGAGGGCGCCAGAGACAGGCAGGAGCUCGUCUGUGAUGAGUACGUGGAAGUGGACGACCUCUUCAGUUCGGAUUAGACUUUUCUUGCGCAGUCGUUUUGACUUUUUAAUUUCCAUUCGCUUUAAUUUUUAUCUUUCGCUGAAAACUUUGAAAAAAAAUUGUGAUAAGUGAUAAGCAAAGAUAAAAGAACCCUUGCUCAGUGGAAACAAGAUCUGAAGUGAAGGAUCCAAGUAGCACCAGACUCUGACGCUAACGCCAAGGGCUGUGUGAAUAGCUAAGAAUGGCAAAGUGUGAUCCUUAAUUUAUAAUUCACUCUUCGUGUGUCAUAUCGCGAAUGGUAAACUAGUUGCGUAUCUCUGGACCAACGAUUGCUGGAUUCCAUGUUGUUUAACGACCAUUACAGUUUUUGAAUUCAAACUAAGAGUUAUUGCUAAAAUGUUCGAUCGUGAUUGCCGUCAAACAAUCUCAUUUAUUUCCAAGAUUAGCUUAAUUUGAUUAGUCAAAUCGCUUGUGUUCGAAAAUCAAAAGUUUGUUACAGAACACUACUGUGAGUCGGCUAAGAUUUACGAAUUGUUAAAAAAAUAUAUAUAUAUAUUUUGAAGUUAUCAUCAGAAACUAAAAUGAUUGUUUGGUGAUACAGACGGUGUUAAGAAUGACUAAAGCACUUCCUUUCGUUGUCAGGAAUCUAAACUUUUAUGUGGAUUGGGUUUGUGACGAAUGACGUUACAUGUGUUUUGUGUUUUAUGAAGUUCACAGUAAGUCAACUUUGAAAGAAUUAUUAGAUACUAUUCUAGUCUGUAAAUUUCAAUAAUUUUUACAUGGAAAUUUAUUUCAUAUUUCGGCUCUCUGUUAAAUAUUCACUUAGAUGUUUAAAGUUCGAAAAAUUAAGGCAAAAUAAAAUUAGUCUAGAUUAUUUAAUUUUAAGAUGCGCGCGCGCACACACACACACAAACACACACACACACACACACACACACAC